GAAAUUACCGCCGUCACCGAAAUUUCUCAAACACCGGAAAGCCACCACCAAUAGCAAUGAGUUCAACCAGGAUAGCCAACUUUUUGCCACUCUUGAUUUAGCAAAGUCAUCUGGUUUCCCUUGGCCCUCCGUUUCCUAACUCUUUCUAUCGCUUUCUGUUGUCCUGCCUGUAGCGAUCUUGGCACCGCCGACCAUCGAAAAACAGCGACGCGACUGACUAUGGCGAUGCGCAACUCGUCCCUCUUGUCUUUGCGAUUCGUUAGACCUCUGAUUAUCGGCAAACAAUGUGUGCGAUGCUUUCAUAAACAUGCGGCUACACCUUCUGUGCCUUCACCGACACCAUUUGUCCCCGAUGUCCCUACAUUUCUUACGUUGAUCGGCCGUGGCAUGUCUAAGCAUGCGAGUAAGCUGCCUUCGUGGGAGAAACUGUUCACCCUUAGUUCCACUGAGCUGCGGGAUCUGGGUAUCGAGCCGCCCCGCCAACGACGUUACCUACUUCGAAAAAGGGAGAAGUUUAGGAAUGGAGAUUUUGGCCCUGGUGGUGACCUGGAACAUGUAGUCGAUGGUACAGCGCAGUUACGAGUUGUUGAAGUCCCAUUGGUCCCUAAAGAUUCAAGAAAAGGCGUUCAAGCCUCAGAUUCCUCAAAAUCGUCGGCGACUUUGUCUCCGGGGAUGCGGAAAGUGAUUGUCAAUCUGCCACCGGAUGCUCCAGAAUAUACGCAUGAUCCAUCGAAACCGCUGAAAAAGUUCGCGCACAUGAAGAUUCAUCGUGGCUCCAUGCUUAGGGGUCCGUUCCUACAGCCAAUCAAAGGCACAGAUAACUGUGCAGCUCUAAUAAAAGUCCAGGAGGGCAUGUGGGAGGACAAGUUGGGACACAAGGUCGAUGGUGGUGAAAGGAGACGUGCUGAGGUUAGGGCCAAGAAGAGGAGCGAAGAAAGGCGCAAAGGAACAGCAUGAAGCAAGAUGUGAACGAUGGUAGAUAACUGCAUUGCCAUUGCCUUAUCUGUAUAAUAGUUUUAUGUGCUCGUGUUUGAAUAUCAACAUCAUUUACUGUUUAGGAGCUGCAUACCACGGAAG